CAAUUAUCAACCAUUAUAUCCUUUUGCGUCGCUGUUUGCCAUCUUGUCUACCUUCCAGUCAGUUGAAAUCAUCAUUCCAUCAUCGUACAUAAUGGAAGGAACGUGUUGGUGUUGCGAGGAAUGCAUUCGAUCAUGGAAGAGCAGCAGUGGUAGCAACAGUAGCGAGAUGGUUGCAAGCGCCAGUCCUUCGACCACUGCCACCGACGAGGUCUUCAAUCGGUUGCAAUGUUUCGACGACUAUUAUGAUGGAGUCCAGAUUCCAGGUCCCAUAAGCCACCUCGUCAAAAUACUUAACUACCAUCCAUCCUACCUUGAAUGUUUUCUCACGGCGUACAACAACAUUGUCUGUGAAGAAGGGCCGUUAACGCUGGAGUACCGCACUUACAUAGGCAUCAUGGCAGUGAGUCGCCACCAGUGUACGUACCUGGUCAACAACCUGACCACGGAGUUUGGGGCCGUGUCCGAGAACGAGAAGUGGUUGAUGGGGCUGCAGAACGUUCCUCAGAAGUUGAGAGACCUCGACGAGAUCAACAAACUGCUCGCCCACCGACCCUGGCUAGUCAAUCAACAACACAUCAAGAAACUGAACAAAAACAAUUGUGGCCAGCAAUGGUCCAUCUCAGAACUUACUCACGCUGUGGUGCUUCUCGUUUAUUAUCAUUCUCUCGUCAGUCUCGUCAAGUCCUGUGGCAUAGGGCUCGGGUUCAACUCCACCAACGCCUGCAACGAUGUCGGCAGUCACAAAGGCAGCAGCAGUGCAAGCUCAAGCAGUCGCCACAACAGCACUAGUGGUAGGAAGAAGCAUGGAAGUGGAAGUGGUAGCAAUGGAAGUUCCAUGAUGAGGAGACUUUCGCAGGAUGGUGAAGUUGAGCGUCUGUUGGAACGCAUGAAGCUCAUCCAGAUGGACACAGCUGACGUCACGCCGCAGGAACGACUCAAGAGGUUCAACACUGUUGAGAGGCAGAUUGUCGAUCUGUUGGGGGCAAACGCCAUUCGAACGAUGCAAGAGAAUCGUUGCCUAGUUUACACGCUGGACCCCUCUUUUGCCUACGAAGACUUCGCUACUCAGAUGACCUUGAACCCUGACCUCUACCACUUUCCAGUGCCGGAUUAUUCUUGGCACGAGCAUGGUUGCCCUUUGACGUGCGUGUAUUACGGCGAGGCGGCGGGUCAUGCUCUCGAUAGAAAGUUCAAUGUCGCCAAGGAAAUGACGUACAACACCGUAGGCAGGCACCACGACAUCGACACGACGACGUUCAGGCGGGCGGUGUGGCACUACACGCAGUGCAUGUUCGGUCUGAUGCACGACAACUACAACUACGAGGAGAUCAACAGCCUGCUGGACACCAACCUCAGGACCUACAUCAAGGCCGUCACCUGCUUCCCUGAGACGGUCGACAGGAGCAUGUACGACGGGUGCAUGAAGGAGUUCAUGCCCUCCGAAAAGGUCCAUGUGAACAUAAUGAUCCACGAGGCAAGGCUCCAGUCAGAGCUUCUCUACGGAUUGCGAGCCAUCUCCAGAUACAUGUCGUCACGUGAUUAAAUGACGUAGGCGUCGGGACGGUGAUGAUGAUGAUGAGGAUGGUGAUGAUGGUGGUUAUGAUUUAUCAUUUUGUGUCAAUAACAAGUGCAACUUCAUGCAUGUCAUAUCGUGUUCUCCUGUCAAUAUAUAUAUAUUGAUGACGAUGAUGAUGCUUACUUGAGAAUAAUUAUAAAGAUGAUGAUUGAUGAAGAUGAUCAUGGCAUACUAUCUUCCAUUCAUCAUCUUCAUCACCACCUCCAUCAUUACAACCAGCCAUCAUCGUCAUUAGAGGCUCGUAGAGUUUAUACAUACAU